UUUUUUGUGGAGUGUCAUUUUCUCAUAUAUACUUUAAAUAAGAUCUUUUAAUUUCUCAAGCAUCAAAGUUUCUGUCUGUCUCUUUCUCUCUCUCUCUCCCUGCAAUUUGAAUCAGUCUCUUCUAAUCUCUAUGAUAAAAUCCUCUUUUUUUAUUAAUUAAUUGAUCUUUUCUCUUCUUUUCCCGAUCCUUAAUUAGUCUGCAGCUUAUAGUUGUCCUCGGCAAACCUAGGAGCAGUAGUCCAUGAUCCUUCACACAAGUCUGUUCUUUAACUUUCUUCAUAUAUAUAUAGAUAUAUAUAUCAAUUAAGUAGCAGUGAACAGAUACAACACGAGCUCCAAACCCUCGUCUCCUCUUUCUCUCUUCUUUUCUUCUGUUAGGAAAACAAGAUCCUUUCUCCUCUUACUCUCUCUUACUUAGCCAUACGUGUAGGUGUGAUUCAUUAGGUAUAUAUAUAUUAAAAUGUUUAAUUCCAGUUGGCCAUCAAGAAGAAAGCCUUAGCCUUAGUAGCCUUAGCCAUACAAAGAGGAAUACAAUCAAGCAAAAGGAGGAGGAGAAGGCAUGGAAAUGUCAAUGGAAGCCGCCGCCAUGACGACGUCGUCGCCCGACCUCUCCCUGCACAUCAGCCCUCCAAACAUCAAUCUUGCGGAUUCAAUCUGUGCGAGCUCCGGCGAGUCCUCCCACUGCUUCCGAGAAGACGACGAUGAUGCCGCUCGCACUAAGCUCUCUCUUUCUUAUCCUUCCACUGCGGCGACGGUCGACAGCACGUGGUGGCCGCAGCCGCCGAGAUUGCUGGAGAACUACUCGCUGAUGCCGCCGCUAGAUCGCUGCCACAUUACUCACCGUGCGAUCGGGAGCGGCUCCUUCGACGGCCUCACGCCAAUAAAAGGUAUCCCGGUCUACAACAAAAAUAGCAGUACCGGUACCGGUGCCGGCGUCGGCACGCCGCUCCCUUUCCUCUCUGUUGAUCCCAAGCUUCACGCCGUUUCUGCCUCCGCCUCUGCCUUCUCCUCUCACUGGCCCUCUUCUUCCUUCUCGUCCAAUUUCGACGCGAUGCCGUCUCCUUCAUUCCUCGGCCCCAUCCCCAACGGCGCCACGUCUCCGUACCACCGCAUGCUCUCUCACCCGCAGGCGUCACGGCUCAACGGCGCCGCCUUUUCCCCAGAGCUGUUGAUCAAAAACCACAGCGCGCACCAUCACCAUCAGCUCUUCCACCAUCACCACUACAGCAAUUACGGCAUGAUCAGGCCCUUCGAACCUUCCCCCCACGCCAACAUGUUGAUGCGGUCGCGGUUCCUCCCCAAGCUUCCGGCGAAGCGUACCAUGCGAGCGCCGCGGAUGCGGUGGACCAGCACCCUCCACGCCCGCUUCGUCCACGCCGUCGAACUUCUCGGCGGCCACGAAAGGGCAACUCCGAAAUCAGUACUCGAGCUCAUGGAUGUCAAAGACCUCACUUUAGCACAUGUCAAGAGCCAUUUGCAGAUGUAUAGAACUCUGAAGACCACUGACAAGCCUGCUGCUUCCUCAGGUCAAUCAGAUGGCUCAGGCGAAGAGGACUUCUCUCCUGCAAGCAAUGCUGAUCUCAACAUCGGACGGCUGAUGGAGCAGAGAGUAACCUCAGACGCCGGACCUAAACCAAGCACUACUUAUGCCUUGGACUUCCCUUCUGCCAUUGCUAACACCACCACUAAAUGGACUAACUCAUCAAGCCGAAGUGGAUGGACGCAACCAAGCUGUGAUCUAGACGAAGAUAAUCAUUCUCAUAAUCGAAUGAGCACCUCCGAAGAAGUCAAAAACCCUAGCUUGGAGUUCACCUUAGGAAGACCAGAUUGGAAUGAGACUGAGCAUGUUUGAUAUCAUAUAUAUAUAUAUAUACAUAUAUAUGAUCAUUUUGAUAAUUUAGAUAUGGGCUUCAUGGCUAACAUUAUAUUCAUGCAAUCAAUGGAGGGGAAGAAAAAAAGAAGGAUCUUGCCAUAUAUAUCAUGAAGAAGGACUGAAACUAGCAACAAAUUGAACUCUAUCUCUCAUGCAUGCAGUAGAAUAGAAGUAUAGGGUUAGAGGCAUCCUCCUCUUUUCCUUUCUCUUUUGGCUAAUUAAACUUUAGCCAUUGGCAUGGGAUGACUAAAGUUGAAGGUGGUCAUGGUGUCAUUUUACACAUGGAAAGUGCAAAUUGUAAGAUGAUAAAAAAAGCUAAAGUUAGCAAGUGCAGUGAUGAGGCAACAAGCAAUAUAAACUAAUUUAUCUUA